UAGAUUACAUAAGUAAGUGAAUAAAUCCGCUGCCUGAGCCUACGUAGCGCAGCUCCUAAUUUUCCUGACAUCCUUGUCACGAAUUCUCUGAUGGUGAAUGACAGGAACCAAGUUUCCGCUCAGGAAGUUGAUAUCAUGUUCAACUCCAAUGUUGGGACGCCAAAGAAAAACAAGCUGCCGUUCGGAAAUGAAGAAAGUGAUUUUGAUGUGUCAACCUAUUUCAACCAAGGUUCUAGUGGUGUAGCAGAAAUGCUGGGACAGUCUCAUUACCAAUCUUUCUAUGGACAACAACGUUCCCUAAUAGAAGGUGGUGGCACCAGUGGUGUGGGUACGAGACCAACUGCAGGACAGCAAACCUUUGGGAGAAGUAUGUCCAUUCCAGCGGGUCAUAUUACUCCUACUAGUUCGGAAAACUCCACCCAAGUAAACCAGAGCAGGGGCAUCCUGCCAAUGAACCGGAACUCUAUCCCCAACAUCCAGAUGCCGACCAGUGGCAUUGGGACGAACAACAGCAUCGCUCCCCGACCGGGGAUGCCGAGCCCCACAAGAGGGAUCUCACCCAUCGAUAUGUUUUCGAUGAAACCUCCCGGUAAUCGUCCGAUUAACACAGCAGCAAUAUCAAGAAAUCAUUCCUUUACAACUCAGUCAAUAAGUGCGAUUGGAAGUGAGAGUAUAUCUCAACUCCGGCAACAACAACAACAACAGAACAACCUUAGUCAAGGGGGAAUCUCAUCACCAGCUUCCUCAAUGGGAAUUCCUGGUUUAAAUCCAUUUAAUCUCGAUCAGUCUGAGUUUCCAGCAUUGGCGCAACGGACGAGGCCAAUUGGUUCCCACCCUUCUUCCACCAACAACAGCAAAACCCCAUAUGGAAUGCUAAGUAAGCAAAAUGAAAAUACAGAAUUCCAAAUUCACAAUGAAGACUUCCCAGCUCUGCCUGGAGCAGCAGCCAUGAAUGUUAUGAAAGCAGUCUUUCCCGAACAGGAUGGGAGAGGCGACGAGUCUAAUACAAAAUUUAAUCCACUUGGGAGUUUACAACUUGGGGGCCAUGUUACUGUGGACAAAUCAACCCACAAACCACCGAGUAACCAACAGAAAGGAAUCCAGGUACAAGCAGACAAUUCUAUCAAGCACAUCCCUAAUUCCAUGCUGGUGGACCAGUAUGGCAUAGUGGGGUUGUUUGCUUUUAUUAAAGCAGCGGAAACUGACCCAACUUUGGUUCAUCUUGCGUUGGGUAACGAUCUCACAACCCUUGGUCUUAAUCUUAACUCGCCAGACAACCUGUAUCACAAAUUCCAAUCACCAUUCUCAAGACAGCCGUGCCGGUUGCAAGAUAUUGACUUCUUUGUUCCAAGUGAAUAUCUGACCAACGCCCACAUACGAGAUAAGCUGGCACCAAUUAAACUGAACAGAUAUGGGGAAGACCUUUUGUUCUUUGUGUUUUAUUCUAACCCAGGGGAUGUGCUACAACUGGCAGCAGCUGCUGAACUAUAUAACCGAGAUUGGAGAUACCAUAAAGAAGAGCGAAUUUGGAUCACUCGAGCUCCUGGUAUCGAUCCAAGAAUGAAAACAAGUACCUAUGAGCAGGGAACGUAUUAUUAUUUUGACUGUCAAAAUUGGAGAAAAGUAGCGAAGGAAUUCCACCUGGAGUAUGAGAAGUUAGAAGAGCGACCACACCUCCCCAAUCUAAUAUCGUUACACUUUAACCCUGCCCAACAUGGGUAGCACCUCAUAAGUGCCGACGAAGCCAUUCAAGAAGUGGGGAAUUUUUCACCAACCAUACCACUGCCCAUGUUAAUCUAAUACGCAGCGUCGAUAGUUUGAUCCUGUGUGCAAUUUAACUAUAGUAUCGUUUGAACUAUCGCAAGUUACGUUUGACGUACUUUACCUACAUUUCGCUAAGCUAUUUCGGCAAACAAUCUUUAAAGGUUAGCAAUGUUCAAUUGAUGUUUCUGCAGUACAACUAUCAAAUUUCCCUCUUUGCAUGGCUUCCUCGGCUAUAAAGGCGCACAAUAUUUUGACAACUAAUUUUGGCCGCUUCUUUUUUCCUAUGCGCUUCUCAGAGCGAUAUUUUUUGAGACACAGAGUCUUUGCGCGUUUUCGUCGCAAGACGUUCUAAUAAAAUAUCAAUGAAGUAUG